AUGAAUAAAGGAUAUAUUAAGAUUACUUUGGCACUUUUAAGUGUCGUAGGAUGUAUGCAAAAUAUAGCAUUUGCAAGCGAAACUGCUGCAACCACUAAUUCUUCAAAUGACGAAUAUAAACAACAAUUAUUUAUCGACCCUGAGGAAGCUAAACAAGCAGAAAAUGUUAUGGCCGAAGCUUUAGCUAUUGCACAAGAGCAUGCCCAAAAAUCAGAAGAUUAUAAAUUAUAUUCUAAGAAAGAUGAAGGAGCAAUUUUAUAUUUUAAGAAAAUCAAUGAAGCUGACGUUGGAAAGCUUGAUCUUAUAAUCCCAAACCCUGAUUGUUAUGAUGAUAUAAUAAGCUUGCUAAUGGAUCCAGAUGGCCCAAAGAAAAUAUAUAGUACAUUCGUUGAUGGGUACGUUUCUCGAAUAUAUAAUCCAAAUUUACAAAUUAUACGACGGCAAUAUAAAAGUAAUAUUAUAGGAGUGCAAAGAUAUUGUUAUUCAUUAAUCAACAAAGUUGAAUUAUCAGACGACGAAACCGCAGUACUCUUAGUCUCAACAGAUACAAAUGAUCGUGAUAGUCAAGACUAUGAAAUGCGUCUAAAUCCUAUCGUAGAAAGUGCUAACUCAUUCCAACCUGAUAUUGAUCCUCUAGAGGAUAUUAGAAAUGCAAGUGUAACCAAAAUGUAUGUUAACUUAGUAGCAUUUUUCAUUAAAAAGGAAGCCGAUUGCGUUAAAUUUACCGUUAUCAGCUCUAUUGAUUAUAAUCCUCCUGCCUAUAUCUCACAAAUCGCUCUUAGAAAAAUCGCAUCUAACCAUUUUUUCCAAGCCACCAAAAUAAGGGAUAUUUUUAAAAACGAAUAA